AUGGUUUACUACUUUUUGUCAAAGACUAAAUCACUGCUGUUGAGCAAUAAGAAAAGCAGUUCGCCAUUUUCUGCCGAUGAGGAAGAUGUCGAACCUCAACAAACCAUUGAGCAUACAAUAUUUAUGGGUAAAGAUAAAUUUGAAAACGACCACUUGUUAAAACAUUCUCAUCCACAGAAUAUUUGGUUCCACGUUGACAAUUUGUCCUCUGCUCAUGUAUAUCUUCAGCUCACUUCUGAGGAACUAUGCUCCAAUACUCCAAACUCGUACCCUUCAAACCUUUCAUCAUUCCCCAGUUUUCAUAUUAAUGAAACACUACUCAACCAGUUGGCACAACUUACAAAGUCCAAUAGUAUAAAGGGAAACAAAAUUAAUAAUGUAACUAUUAUUUAUACACCAGUGGAGAAUUUGCACCAUGAUGGAACCAUGGACGUUGGCACAGUAUCGUAUAAAAAUCCCAAAUUAGUGCGACGUGUUCAUGUUCCAAAAAAGGAGAAUGCCAUUCUAAAUGCAUUGAAAAAGACUCAACAGGAAGUAUCUAUGGAUGUGUUUAUAGCCGAUCAAGAAAGUAUUAAAAAGCAAGUAAAAAACAUGGAGAAAAGUGGGAUGCUGAAACAGUUGGAUAAAUGGGCAAUGCAAGAACAAGAGCAAAGAUUAGAAGAAGAAGAAGAAGCAAAAGGGAGGAAGAAAAAAGGUGGAAGGAAAUUGAAAGGUGAUCCAUAUGCAGAUUUGUUUACUGAGGAAAACGUAGCAAGUUCUCGUGGCUUUGACGAGGAUGACUUUUGGUAG